AUGGCCUUGUCGCCUCUAGCAAAGUACAAGCUUGUUUUUCUGGGGGAUCAAUCGGUGGGCAAAACAAGCAUCAUCACGCGCUUCAUGUACGAUAAAUUUGACGCCAAUUACCAGUUUUCUUUCAGAAAUAUAUCGAAUAUUGGCUACAAUUGGCAUAGACUUUCUGUCCAAGACAAUGUACCUCGAGGAUUGAACGGUUCGCUUGCAGCUCUGUUGGUUAACUCUACAGGGAUACUGCUGGACAAGAAAGAUCGUAAGUCAUUUUUGAACACUUCGAAAUGGAUUCAAGAAGUACGUACAGAACGUGGCAGUGAUGUCAUUAUCGUUCUUGUGGGAAACAAGACCGAUCUUGUCGAUAAAAGGCAAGUUUCCAUCGAUGAAGGAGAUACAAAAGCCCGUCAAUCGGGACUCAUAUUCAUAGAAACUAGCGCUAGAGUCGGUUUCAAUUUAAAGCCAUUGUUCCGAAAAAUAGCAGCUGCAUUGCAGGGAAUGGAAAGGUUUACCUCAGCAAAGCAAGAAGAUAUGGUCGAGGUGAACUUGAACACAAUUUCAGCCACAAACUCAAACGAGCAGCAAGGAGAAGGUUGUGCCUGCUACAAACUACACUCGACAUCACACAAAAUCUAA